AGCUCCUGCGAAAUCGUGUACCGUUUCGCUCCUGCUCGGCUGAAAAUGGCGAGGCCGCACGCGGUGGUGGUGCCGCACCCGAGCUCCGGCAACAUCAACCCUGCGUUGCAGCUGGCCAAGCUUCUGCACAGCCACGGCUUGUACAUCACCUUCGUCAACACCGAGGACAAACACCGGCGUGUGCAGGUGACGGAGGGCGCAGCUGCCUUGCUCGGCCGCGACGGGUUCCGGUUCGAGGCCAUCCCGGACGGUCUAGUCGAGGCUGACCGGGGGAAGAGGAAGUACGACCUCGCCCUGUCCAUGGCCACCACCAUCCAUUGCGCGGAGCCGCUGAGGAAGCUCGUCCUGCGGCUCAACGCCACGCCGGGCGUCCCACCCGUGACAUGCCUGCUACCAACCGCGCUCAUGAGCUUCGCACUGGACGUGGCGCGGGAGCUGGGCAUCCCGACCAUGGUGCUGUGGACAUGUAGCGCUGCCGCGCUGACAGCCCAGAUGAGGCUCCGGGACCUCCAAGCAAGAGGUUACCUCCCACUCAAAGACGAGAGCUGCCUGACGAACGGCCACCUUGAGAGGACGGUCAUCGACUGGAUUCCCGGCUUGCCGCCGAUCAGCCUCGGUGACAUCUCCAGUGUCGUCCGCACCACUGAUCCUGACGACUUUGGACUCCGAUUCAGCGCCGUGGAGGCCGAAGGCUGCACCAAGGCCGGAGCCCUCAUCCUCAACACCUUCGACGACCUCGAGGCCGACGUCCUCGACGCACUCCGCGCCGAGUACCCGCGCAUGUACACUAUCGGCCCGCUUGGAAACCAAUUCGGGGACGACAAUGCCGCCGCAGAGGACAACUCCAACUCCUCCAACAGCGGCUUGAGCCUCUGGGAACAGGACACCAAGUGCCUCGCUUGGCUGGACACGCAAGAGAAGAGCACCGUCGUUUACGCCAACUUCGGCAGCCUCACGGUUGUCACAGCUGAGCAGCUCGCUGAGUUCGCGUGGGGCCUCGCGGCCACUGGCCACCCGUUCCUCUGGUCCAUCAGAGACAACCUUGUCUCAGGCGCCAGCGACGGCCUGGCUGUGCUGCCGCCGGAGUUCGUCGCAGCAACGGCAGGGCGGUGCCGUCUGACCACGUGGUGCCCGCAGGAGCAGGUGCUGCGGCACCCGGCCGUGGGAUGCUUCCUGACGCACAGCGGGUGGAACUCCACCUGCGAGAGCAUGGCGGCUGGAGUGCCCAUGGUGUGCUGGCCCGGGUUCGCCGACCAGUACACAAACUGCAAGUACGCCUGCGAGGUGUGGGACGUGGGCCUCCGGCUUGACGACGAGGUAAGGCGGGAGCAGGUCGCCGGCCAUGUCAGGCAGGUAAUGGAGUCCAAGGAGAUGCGGAGGAAUGCGGCAGGGUGGAAGGCCAAGGCUGAGGAUGCCGCAGCUCCCGGUGGGUCUUCGUAUGAGCACUUGGAGAGCAUGGUGACGGCGCUCCGCUCUCUCAGCUCUUAAUUAGCGUUACGAGUUCUAAUUGAUCACGCAACCUGAAACAAGCACUAGUAUAUGUUUCUAUUUCCGUUUAAAAUUGCUACUCCCCCGAUUUAUAUUACUUAAUAUUAAUAU